AUGCUGGACACCUCGAGGAGUCCGUCACCCGGGGGCGAGGACCCACCUGACGAUGCUAUGGGAGACCUGGUGUGUGAGGUGGGUGACGGAACCAACAAGAGGGAGGAGGAGAAGAAGAAGCCUCGUCGCCGGAGGACAGCCUUCACCCACGCCCAGCUCGCUUACCUGGAGAGGAAGUUCCGUGUUCAGAAGUACCUCAGUGUGGCCGACAGAUCCGACGUGGCCGAAGCUCUCAACCUGUCAGAGACCCAGGUGAAAACUUGGUAUCAAAACCGCAGGACCAAGUGGAAACGCCAGAAUCAGAUGCGCUUAGAACAGCUGCGUCAGAGUGCAGGUGUCGGGGUGGACAAGGAGUUACUAGGGGGGUCUGGGGGCGAUGCCAGCUCCCCCACCGACCAUCUGGGUGUGGUGGCCCCUACGUGUUGCCCCCCGUACUUCUUGCCUCCCGUAGAUCGUUCCUGUUUCAUCACCACUGCUGGACUGUUUACUCGCCUGCCCUACACCCCCUCCUGCCACUUGUGACCCCAGCCUGACCCCUGACCUCUCUCCUACACCCCCUCCUGCCACUUGUGACCCCAGUCUGACUCCUGACCUCUCUCCUCCUCCCCUUCU